AUGUACGCCACGGUGAAACGAUUGCGUCAGCAGCGUAUCGGACUGGUUCAUACGGAAGAGCAGUAUCGUUUCUGCUACUUGGCCACUUUGGAUUAUCUGACCUCGUUCGAUUUAUGCACCCAACCGACUCGACCGUCUGCUGCACAAAUGUCGACUUUCGGCUCCCCUUGCACCCAAUCCAAGUUUCAUCACAUCGCGCUGAACAAUACUUAG